AUGAUAGAUAAAAUAACUAGUAAUGGGAACACUAGUAGCUAUGAGUCCCAAAAAAUAGAAGAAUUUGAAAAAGCACCUUCUUAUUUUUCAAAUAGUCAUGUUGACCAAGAGGAUCUUGAAAAUAAUAAUCAUAUUCAAGAUGGCACUGUACGUGGAUUAAGUGCUAGACAUAUUCAAAUGAUUUCCCUUGGUGGUGCUAUUGGUACUGGUCUUUUCUUGAGUUCUGGUAGUAAUGUAGCUGAGGCUGGUCCUGCUGGUGCUCUUAUUGCCUAUUGCGUUGUCGGUUUCAUGGUUUACUGUAUUAUGACAUGUCUUGGUGAAAUGGCUACUUUUAUGCCUGUUUCUGGUUCAUUUAACCAUUACGCUACUCGCUUCGUUGAGCCUUCAUUGGGAUUUGCUUUGGGUUGGAAUUAUUGGUUUUCUGCAGUUACAAUCGCUACUGAACUUGCUGCUGCGGCAACUAUUAUCAAGUUUUGGAAAGAAGUGCUACCAGAUGCUGCAUGGUCUACAAUCUUUUUAGUUUUAACAGUUGCUGUCAACUUUUUAGGUGUUCGAAUUUAUGGUGAACUUGAAUAUUGGUUUGCUAUGAUCAAGAUUGUGAUCGUUAUUGUCUUUAUUAUCAUUGGUAUUUUAGUUGCAACAGGAGCUGUUGGUGGUCAUACGAUUGGCUUUGAAUAUUGGAAAAAUCCUGGUGCAUUUAAUAAUGGUGUCGUUGGUACCAUUAGUGUCCUCUUAGCAGCUGGUUUCUCUUUCCAGGGUACAGAGAUUGUCGGUAUCACAGCAGGUGAAGCCAAAAAUCCCACGAAAACUGUACCUCGAGCUAUUCGUAAUACCUUCUGGCGUAUUAUUAUCUUUUAUGUCUGCACUAUAUUCUUAAUUGGUUUAUGUAUCCCCCAUAAUAAUGAGAAUUUAUUAAAUGCAGAUGGUGGACCAGGUACUGCUUCUUUUACUUUGGUCUUUCAAUUAGCUGGCAUUGAAGCUGGUUCUCAUGUCAUUAAUGCUAUUGUUCUUACAAGUGUAUUAUCUGCUUUGAAUUCUUCCAUGUAUACUACAUCUCGUACACUUAUGGGUCUUGCUCGUGAUAAUAAUGCACCUGCUUUCCUUGGCCGUGUCAAUAAAUAUGGUGCACCUUUCUGGGCUGUUUGCUUUUCUUCGUUAGUUGGAUUUGCUUGUGUGUUUGCUUCUAUCUACAGUGCUGAACAAGCAUUUGUUUGGUUCUUAAGUAUUACUGCUGUUAGUGGUUUUAUCAGCUGGGCUGGUAUCGCUGCUGUUCAUAUUCGUUUCCGUCGUGCAUAUAUUCGUCAAGGACGUAGUAUUGAAGACUUACCUUAUAAAGCCUUUGCUUAUCCCUUUUCUGGUCUCUUUGCUACCAUUCUCUGUAUUCUUAUUAUCCUCGGUCAGGGUUAUAGUGCUUUUUCACCUCAGUUUGAUUCAAUAUCAUUUGUCACAAGUUAUAUCGGUAUUGUUCCCUUUUUCUUAUGUUAUAUUAUACACAAAUUAGUUACCAGAAAGAAAUUGAUACCUCUAGAAGAAGUUGAUUUUGAGACAGGUCGCGUUACUCGAUAUGAUAUCGAAAAGGAUAACGAGCAAGAUAAAACAAUUCCUCGUUGGAAACGUAUUAUUGCCUGGAUUAUUUAA